UAAUGUUACAUGUAUGUAUAUGUAUAUCUUAAAUAAUCAUCAUACAUUAUUGCUACAUUGGUCAAAAUGAUACUUAAGUAUUUCUUUCCUUUAUAUAUUAUCAACAUAUUUACAGGAUGGAUCACAUUCCCCGUCUAUCAGAGGUCCUGUACGUUGGUCUGUGUCGUAAGAUAGGAACACCGACAGAAGUAGCCAUCAGAAGGGAUGUGCUGGACAUGGAGGAGAUGAUAAUGAAACCUGUUUAUAAUCAGAUAGGAUAUGUAAUGGUGGAGAGUGGCAGUUAUAGAGAGGGAUUUAGGAUGAGUUCUUCUGACAGGGAUAGAAUGCUCUGGUUUUGCAAUUAUAAACUAAUAACUGACGUUUCCCAGUCUCGGCUUUAUAAUUCAUCAAAGCAUACGAUUGUGCUCAUAGAAAAUUCUGAUACGCCGCCAGGAUUUGUCAAACUGCGCCUCCUAAUACCAGUACCGCUAUCAUACAUUGUUUUCUUUAAUAGUGGAGCUUAUUUAUCUAGUCGUCUGUGGAGAGAAAAACAUUUUCAAUUCCUGCUAAAGAGUAGCUCCAAAUCUUACCCUUUAAAUUUAACAAUUCAAAUGCAUGGUCCUUGUAGUAAUUCUAUUUUGGGCCCUUUUGAACUUGAUAUAGGUUGGUGUUUAGCCUCUUUUCCUUGGCCUAAACUAUCAAGAAGUUGUAUUGAGAGAUGCCAGAGACAUACCUGGCCGUCUACAUCUGUGUUGGAAAAAAUUCUAAAAAACGAAUGUCACUGUAUGCCUAUUAGAAGUAAAGUUGAAUCGCCUUAUAACGAACUGGAAUGGAGAUUAUCGUUUUCUAAAGCCGAGCAACAACUAGUGUGUAGCAUGAAUCAUACACAAUUUCUAUGUUACGGACUUCUAAAAUUAUUUCUGAAGGAAGUUAUUAACUACAAUUAG